GUUUUACUUUGUGGCUUCCGGACAACAAUGUGCAGAACAGACUUGCUAGGAAGACAGAAUGCUUUCAGGGGAUCGAGAAGUGUAUAACAGCUCACACAAGUCUGCCACAGGACAAGCUAGUUUUGGAGUGAUCCUACUACUAAUUUUAUCGGUGUUGGCCAAUCAGUUUGCUUGCAAUCAUGGCUGUUCAAUGAUCCAAUCUUCUGAACUAGAGUCCCUUAUAAUUACUGCAUCCAACCAGACUGAACCUAACAACACCACCAUCCGACUCAUAGAAUAUACAUUUGUAUGUAUUGCCCAGGGAGCUGAGCAAGAUACUUGGAGAUUUGUCUCACUUGUGGCAAACUAUACGAACACUAACGGAACAAACUCAAUCAGUCAAUUUCAGUUUGAGUGUGUGGAGUCUAACUGGACAGCUACAGUAAAUGGAUCGACUGAAUACACACGAACAGAUCCACCCGAUGCUAGUUUGAACACAUCUCUAAGGAGGGACUGUGCGUUGUGUAUUGAUCCGCAACAGGCACCAUUGGCCAACAACUCACACCAUUGCCUAGCAUGUGACGAGUCCUGCUCAGGCCUGCAAAGAUGCACUUCAUCUUCUCAAGACUCCUGCUGCAACUACUUCCUUGGCGAUCAGUGCACAGCUAGCUGUCCGAACUAUUUCCUGCCCAGCAGCAACUUCACUUGUGUUUGUCCGAGUGGUUUCACUGGUAUUCUGUGCGAAUCUGACAUCAAUGAGUGCAACGUUAGUCAAUGCUUGAAUGGAGUUUGUGAGAAUACGCUCGGCUCAUAUACUUGUAAUUGCAACCUUGGUUACACUGGAGAUAUGUGUGAUGUUAAUAUUAACGAUUGUUUGGAGCAGCCUUGCUUGAACGGUGGUUUGUGUCUUGAUACCAUUGAUUCAUUCUCGUGCAACUGUACUGAUGGUUGGGCUGGCAGUGUGUGUGAUGUAUGUGCUCUGGAGGGAUGUGCAGAGUGUGUGGCUCGCUUCAACUCAACACCGGAUUGUGAUAGUUGCCAAGAUGGGUACUCCUCUCUGACAAUCUCCAGUGGGCAAUUAAAAUGUGAAGCUGUCUCUGAAACAAGUGGGUUGAGUUCUGGCACUAUUGUGGGCAUUGUGUUGGCUGUUGUGAUUGGGGUUGUCCUGGUUGUGACGCUGGUAGUCCUAUUAAUGGCUGCACUCUACAUUCACAAGAGGAAGAGAGUCUCUUCAAAAUUCAGGAAAAGCAAUAUCAGGGCUGAUCAAGAAAGCAGUGCUAAUGUGACGAGGAACCCUGUAUUUGAAGCUGAUGUCGCAGAGGGUACAGACAGUGGGAUUAGCAUCGAGAGUGAUGAACACUUUGCUGUGAAUAAAGCUGCUCUUGAGUUUGAGGAAGACAGUGAUCUCCCCAACACAGCGAGACUGCAAUUAUUAAUGACCAGGUUUACCUGCUUCAGUGCUAGCUGCAUAGCCAUUAUACUGUGCCUAGCAACACUAUGUAAAUGCCAGUUGUGUGAAAGAAUAACUAUUGAAGACCUUGGCAGUACAACAACUCCAACACAAUCAGGUUUAAUUACUGAAUUCAUAGAGGCUGGAGAGGGAGAAGCUUCAUCGGUGCAAGUGUUUGCCAUGAGCAUUGUAUGUGAAAGCAUACCACAGCAACGAGACAGAUUGAGAUUCAUUUCCAUAGUGGCCAACUACACUAUCAGCCCUUUCAGCAAAGUACACGUUGCUCAGUUUGAAUUUCAAUGCAUCUCAGGAACUUGGAAUAGUCGUUCUAUGACAGAUCCAAGUGACGCUACCUUCGAUACUCCAGUGAGAAGGGAUUGUGCUACCUGUGUACACCCUGCUUCUUCGGUGAUUUCUGGACCAUAUGAUAACAUUACACAUUGUGUUUUUUGUGACGGAUGUAGUGGACUCAAUCAAUGCGGCGAUACUUCAAACAGUUGUUGCAACUACUAUAACAACGAUAUAUGUGUUGCUGAGUGCCCAUCGGUUAAACCGACUCUGAAUGGAGCUGCAACCGAGUGUGUUUGUGCUCCCGGUCUAACUGGAGGGAUGUGUGAGUUGGAUAUUGAUGAGUGCACUGAUGUUCCUGGUCCUUGCUUAAACGGUGGAACUUGCAAUAACACUUUUGGAGGCUUUGAGUGUCUAUGCCCACCUACUUUCAACGGUGAAUUGUGCGAGAAUGAUAUUAACGAAUGCUCUAUAAGCAAUCCAUGUGACAACAAUGGAACUUGUAUGAACACCAUUGGAGGCUUUAACUGUUCUUGUACGCCCGGGUUCCAGGGUGUGACCUGUGGGGAUGAUGUUAACGAAUGCAAUGAAAAUAAUAUCUGCCUCAAUGGUGCUACCUGUAUAAACAAUCAAGGCAGCUUCACCUGCAAUUGUCCAGUAAGUUACACUGGUACUUCUUGCGAAAUUGACAUUAACGAAUGCGAAAGCACCCCAUGCCAAAAUAAUGGAACUUGCACCAAUUCAGAUGGAAGCUAUUCCUGCAUGUGCACUCAAGGUUGGGACGGAGACAAUUGUGAUCUAGAUAUCAAUGAAUGCAGUGAUCAGAAUCUUUGUCAGAACAGUGGUACCUGUGAAAACACUCAAGGAAGCUAUAUGUGUCUAUGCAGAGAUCGAUGGGAUGGACCAAACUGUGAGGAUUGCACGAUAUCGUCAUGCACUCUUUGUACUGGAAUGAAUGCACUCUGUCAAGAAUGUGACGCUGGGUUUAUCAGGACAUCUAAUGGACUACUUUGCACACCAGAGUUAGCUUGUGUGCCCGACUGUGUAAGAGGAGAAUGUAACAAUGGACAGUGCAGUUGUGAGGCAGGAUACACUGCAAGUGACUGCUCAGAGCUCUGUAUCAGCAGGAUACCAGGAUGUGAGUCUUGUAGUGUGAGUGGAAACAGUGUGACUUGCGUUGAAUGUCAGAUAGGACUCAUUAAUGACGGCAAUGAGUGCAAACCUACUGCUUGCAACAUGCAAUUUUGUGAGGAGUGUGAGGAUGACUUAUCUGGUUGUAAAAAAUGUGACACUGGAUACAAACUCAAAGAGUCUCAAACUGACUGUAUUCAAAUUGAACAAAGACCCACCCUAACAAGCAUAGAAAUCAUUGGACUCAUCGUUGGAUGUAUCCUCUUUGCUAUACUGUUGCUUGCUGUGGUAGCAUGCAUCAUCUCCACCAUCUAUAGAGUAAAGGAGCGCCCUAAAAUGAAGAGGCAAUCAACAAAAACUGUAUUCCAAAAACAUGGUGCCAACUCCAAUCCACUUUACCUGGAUACCAAGGCAACCAUGGGUCUAGCGCAAGCCCAUGGUGGAGUGACUGCAGAACAGAUGUUGACCUUAGAUUUCGCCACACCUGGUUACGAUGAUGUCAACCAAGAUGAUGAUGAUUUUAACUCCCUCUCUGCUGUCAAUGAGGCUGCAGCACCAUUCCAGUAUGAUGUAGGAUUAGAGGAAAAACAAGAUACAAUUGAGGGUUCAAGUGAAGAGGAUUCGGAGGAGGAUUAAAGAAACACUGCACAUUUUUUACUAGCUACUAACAGUCUAACUAAUCGAUUUAGCUUAGGCUUACGUGGUAGGCUACAUAUAGUCUCUAUUGUACAUCAUUAUUUUUUGGUAUGUAUAAUACUGUACAAACUGUGAACACAGCCCCCUCA